AUGGCGGGACGGGCCGCGAUGCGAACCCCUGAACCGCCCGACCGCGACGAACGCGAAGCUUCGCCACCGCGACUGGCAAGACCGAAACGCAUCACCAGACCACCCCGAAUCUAUGCUCAAGAACAAGAAAUCGACAAUGAACAGAGGCAGACGCGACCUCAGCAAAAGAAGAGGACUGGACCCGAAUCUCAGCCUGAUAGGGCAACUUCGGAUGGCUCCGCGACCGAGAGCGACAACCUCGAUGUGAACGAUUUGGUGAAAGAGAUCGCCAAACUCAGGACAGAAAUCAGACUACGAGACGAGUUGCACAAGGAAGAACUACAAAAAGCCAAAGCAGAGUUCGGUGCUGCCCUCGCCGGGGUCCGGCACGAGCUACAGAACCUGACAGACAGGACCCCGACAUCGCAGUGCAACUCCGAAGCGUGCGCCCAGACUGGUCACGAUGAAAUCCUCCGAGAAAUCCAAUUCCUACGUGAAGAAAUCAGCGCUCCCGCUUUCACAGGUUCCCCGUCCUAUGCCGAUGUCGCCCGCACUCCCCCGCUCAGCCACCCGAGUAAUAUACGGAGCCUCUCGACAUCGAACACAACACCAACCACGUUCACCGACACACUCUAUUGCACAAUCGACACCUCCAGGAUGGCAGAGAACGAAAACGAGAGGAUGUCUGCAGGCUCUAUCCGGGCGGCAGUGGAGACAGAGAUCCGAGCGACGGCAGACCACACGCAUCGGCGUUGUCGCGCCGUCACUGUGGACCCGAAGAACACGAACCGGAUCAGAAUAGCGUGCCGCGACGAAGCCGAGCACCAGCUGAUCAAAAAAGUGGCGGAAUCCCAAAUCGGUGCGGGGGCACGGGUGCUUCGGGAUGAGCUUUACCCUAUCAAAGUUGACAGCGUUAACAAAGCCGUAGUUCUGGAUGAAAAAGAUGAGAUCCGUGCCGGAGCAGCAGCAGCCUUUAGCGAGGAGAACGAAGCCACCGUUGCGAAAGUCGCAUGGCUUAGCAAGAGGGAGAGCGCAAAAGCAUAUGGGUCAAUGGUCGUCUACCUCACUAAAGGUAGUGACGCACGGAGACUGCUAGCCGACGGGUUCUUCCAUGCUGGGGGAGAAUCCGGCGUGACCAGCACCUUCGAGCAUCGACCACGACCGAUGCAAUGCUAUAAGUGCUAG